AUGGGUAGUUUAAUGUGCCGUCCUCCAUUUUCUCCAGAUUAUCCUUUCCCACCAGACUGUCCGGCUUUGAGCUACACUUUUACGCACAGCUCACGUAGAACCUGGCUUAUGAGGAGAGGUCGAAUGCCCAUUGCCAACUGGCCACCACCCUCGUGUCCAUCGCUCUCUUCCACUCCUCGUGAGAGCGUGGCUUUUCGUACCGUUCGACUGUCUCUCAUGCUCUGGGCCGGCGGCGAGAGUCUGCAUGGCCUCCUCCUCACGGCGCUGUUCGUCGGCCUCAUAAUGCUGACCUGCAUCGGCUUGGUGGAUCUGAUCGGCGGCAUUUGCCAGCGCACUUGCCUCGGCCCUCCAACCGGCGACAACGGCGACGGCGACGGCGACGCAGGUCUCAACAACGAUGACGACGGCGCUGUAGACAAGUCAGGCCUCGACGGCCGACGCCACGUCGUCUGGUCCGCCCAUCCGCCUCCGCUCAUUCCCUGUCCUCUGGUUGCUAGGUCCGGAUUGGACUUGCAGUCUCCAUGCGACACCCGCCACUCGGACGACUCGUCUGCUCCGCAGAUUUAUCGCGCAUCUGUGCAUGAUCAUCUUCAGCAGCAGCAGCAGCAGCAACAACAACAGCAGCAGUUGCCAUUACCGUUGCCGUUGCCCCAGCAACAGAGUUUGCUUGGUGGCGAUUGGCAAGCGUUGCAGCAACCGGUGCUGCUCCAGGCUCCGAGCCCGACGCAGAGCUCGCCACGGUCUGAGACAAUCGGCUACCUCUUGAAGUGCCCCCCAGUGCCUGGCGAAUGCGCCGGCGCCUCGGGGCCCCUGUACCAGAUCGCCACAUGGCAACCACAGGCCGGACAACCGAGUCACCUCGUCCUCUUGACUCCGGACAAUGCUGCCUCUGGCCGGCCGCAGGUGUCGCCGGUCUUCUUCGCGACCGAGGUCAACGCCAACGUCAACUCCGCCAGUCUCGGCCAACCGACACACACCGUCGCCUGCCUCGAGCCCGUGGUUACCGGCCGCCGCCUUGACAACAGCUUCGCCAUUCCCCUGGCCGGAGGAGCGGGUUUGGCCGGCCCCUCGGACGGUGAGGCGACUCUGCGGCAGGCAGAAGCGACUGUUGCCUCCGCCUCGAGACUCGUCUUGCUGCCGGCGUCCCAUCUGCACCGAGCAGCAUCGCCGCUGUCGACGCCGCUUUCUAGACACGAUGGGAGGUACCGCCUUGUCUGCGUGUCUCCGCUUGGUGCCGGCGAGAGCCGAGGCUCUGACCGAGGCCUGCACACACACACACUCGCUCUCACAACCCCCCACUCCCUCCUACAGCCCAUCCUCAGCAUUGGGCCGCGGCUUUUCGGACUUUUCGCGAAGUCUCCCCCGCUGCCUUCCUUCCAAGCAGUUGCUGUCGGUGGAAUAUACUUUCUCUGUCGUGGAAAACGUGCCAAUUCACUGUUGUCCUAUUCUUAUGGACUUGCGUGA